CGAUACCAAGUGAGGCGUGGGGGGGGGAGGGAGCGGUGGUGAAGCCUCCCGCGCUCGAGACCCUGCUCCAGCUGCAGACCGCCGCCAUGCCCAGGCCGACCUUCGCCCGGCCCGCGUCCUCCUGGCUGGCCAGGUGGUUUCCCUGGACUCCCAAGGUCCCCGCCAAGCCCGUGGUCGCGCUCAAACGGCCCCUCCAGGUGGACCUGGUGGCCGGGAAGUCCUACAAGUGGUGUGUUUGCGGCCGCAGCAAGAAGCAGCCCUUCUGCGACGGCUCCCACUUUUUCCAGCGCACGGGCCUGACCCCGCUCCGCUUCACGGCCACAGAGACCAAGAAGGCCUGGCUGUGCACCUGCAAGAUGACCAGCCGCCCCCCGUUCUGCGACGGCACACACAAGGGAGAGGCGGUACAGAGGGCCCAAGAGGGGACCCCGCUCUGACCCCAACUUCUGGGUUUGGCACGUGUGAGUACGUGGGGGAGAGGGGGUGCUCCCCUCUCCGGCUACUGACAGGCAGAUGAAGCCCCAAAUAAAGUAUUGCCACUAAUUA